AUGAUCCAAUCCCAUGCAUUUGGAACUACCGAAAUGAUCCAGGAGCAAGUAGCUCUUGUCCCGGGGUCUGCAAUAGCUUUCGAGGCUGCUACCUCAGAACAUAGAAACCGGGACAGGCUCACCACUUUGCCUCACGAGAUACUAUUGGAGAUCUAUCGCCUGCUUCUCACCUUUGCAGACAAGAGCCAUUUUUCUCUCGCAUCCAAAUAUCUACAUCAGAUAUUCGAAAAACACUUAUACGAGUCUGCCGGCAAAUCACUAGGCUGGCUUCCUAUGUUUCUCGCCGCUCGCCAAGGCAACAUUCUCACCCUCAACAAGUGCAAGAAGUUUGGCGCACCAGUGGAUAUCUUCUGGGACAGCGAAGAUGACUUCAAAGCCCGUGCGAGCCCCGAAAUACAGCACGGCAUAAGCCCACUGGAGGAAGCCAUCACAAACCACCGAGGUGAAGCAGUAGAAUGGCUCCUCGUCCAGGGUGCCAGUCCUAACAAUUAUAAGCGCUACUACAGCCCGCUCAUUGGAGCACACUGGAUGCAUGAGAACAUCAUUGCAUGUCUUUCAAUUGACCAGUACCGAACGCACCCUGAUUCGCCCUUCAUGCGCGAGCUCCGUAGACGAGCCGAGAACGCCAGUCGAAUCCUUGACCUUCUACGAGGUGCGGGUGCAGUCCCGAGUCGAGUGGAAGCUGCUUGGUAUCGUCCCUCAUACAGAAGAAAGGUUAAGAUAUAUUAG